UAAACUCGUUAUCACUCGUUGGCACGUUUUUCAUUAUAUUCAUGAAUUCUAUCUUACCACUGUGAUAACUAACGUCCGUAGAAUAACAGUAUGGGUUUUAAUUGUGAAGAAUAGGUUGCAGUCUGUUAGUAUUAUUUUACAUCGGAGGAUUAGGUUAAGAUAGAAACGUAAUAUGGAAGCGUGAGUGGCAAAGAUUCAGUAGUAUUCGGUGAACCAUUCGAUACAGAUAUGUCUCGUGCUAGCACAAUUACGAAAGACGAUUUCUCAGACAAUCAUGUCAAUAGCUACGACACUGGGGACCAUGAAACACGAAUGCGCCGGAAUAAAUCUGUGGGACAAUUACCUAUGGAGAAUGAAGGAAGAGUGCUUGUACUUUAUACCGGUGGAACUAUUGGAAUGACUAGGAACGAAAGUGGAGUUCUGGUACCAACGGCAAAUGCUUUUGUCAAAAACUUAAGAAAAUAUCCACACAUGCACGAUCGCAAGUACGCAGAAGAAAGGUUUGGCGCUAUGGGACCACUUGUCCUGCCAAAUACUAAUAUUCAAAAUCGCCGGGUUAUUUACAACGUGCUGGAGUAUUCGCCUCUACGUGAUUCCAGUAAUAUGACCAUUGACGACUGGAUUCUAAUAGCUAGUGACAUUGAAGAAUCUUAUGAGUAUUUCGAUGGAUUUGUGGUGCUUCAUGGUACUGACACACUCAGUUACACAGCUUCAGCACUGUCUUUUAUGCUGGAAUCCCUUGGUAAAACUGUCGUCAUAACAGGUUCUCAAUUGCCUAUCUUUGACACACGAAGUGACGGUCUUGACAAUUUUCUCGCAUCUCUCGUCAUUGCGGCGAGUUACAACAUACCGGAAGUCUGUGUCUUUUUCGGGACACAUUUAAUGCGGGGAAACCGUACAAGUAAAGUUUCCACUGCGUCAUUCGAAGCAUUUCAUUCUCCAAAUUCACCACCUCUGGCUGAUGCUGGUAUCGAGAUACAAGUGGACUAUCGAGCUAUUUUUCGACCGUGUACUUUGGAGAAAUUUCACGUCCAUACUAUGUUAAAUCGAAACGUUGGUUUACUGCGUCUCUUUCCAAGUAUCACGUGUGACCUUGUGAAAGCAUUUUUACAACCACCCAUAGAAGGAGUUGUAUUACAAAGUUAUGGAGCAGGAAACAUGCCUUCAAAUCGAGCUGAUAUAGUAGAAGAAUUUCGCAAAGCAACGGAUCGAGGUGUUAUCAUCGUGAAUAUUACUCAAUGUACUGAAGGCGGAGUAUCGCAUAUCUAUGAAACUGGAAAAUUACUUUUGGAAGCUGGUGUUACGUCGGGCUUCGACAUGACUCCAGAGGCAGCCUUGGCUAAACUAUCGUAUGUAUUAUCAAAAACUGAAUGGGAUACGGAAACAAAAAGGUCUAUGAUGCAGACGAGUAUAAGAGGUGAAUUAACAGCAGGACGACCACCCACUUUACAGGACUGGGAUCUCGUGGAUGCUGUAGCGAGAUCACUUCACUUGAGUUCGCCGGACGAACUUCAGGAAUUGGGAUCAGUCCUAUUUCCAGCUAUGUUAAAUGCUGCUGUAGUUAAUCACGACGUUCAAAAGUUGGAAUCGUUAAAAGGCUAUGGCGCUGAUAUUUCACAAACAAAUGCUGACCGACGAACUGCUUUGCAUAUCGCAUGUUGCGAAGGAGAUUUGCGAGUGGUUCGUUAUCUUCUAAAAAUGGGAGCAAAUGUUCACAUGCAGGAUAGAUUUGGCCAUACUCCUCUGACAGAUGCCAUAGAUAACGAUCGCCACGAUAUAAUCAAACUUCUCUUACAAUGUGGCGCUCAUCUUCAUGGAAGUGCACGAUUGAUUGGAGACGAAAUGUGUAUCGCGGCUGCUGCUGGAAAUUUAACGCGCAUUUGCUCGUUCCAUAUAGCCGGUGCUGAUCUUUCGCAAGAAAAUGUUUCGAGAAGAACAGCCUUACACUUUGCAGCGUUACAUAAUCACAUUCCUAUUAUUGAAUUUUUAUUAAAUAAUGGGGCCGACCCCAACUUGACUGAUAUGUUAGGUCACACACCGAGUGAUCUCGCUGAACUUGUCGGUGCAACCAAUGCUUUGAAAUUAUUACCAGCAAGAAAAUUGAAUCUUAAACAAAAUUCUACAGGAGAGAUAACAAGGGGACAAGGGGAUUAAAAGCUGACUGAAUGAAAGUAGUAUUUCAAACAUUAUUGGAAAUUAAAAUGAAGCUAAUUUGAAUAUCCCAUUGUUUUGAAUAUACAAUAUGUGGUGAAAGUACAUUCGUUUCUCAACAUAUGCUAUAAUAUUAAGAUGUGAUGAUCUUUCCCUAUAUUAUAACGUUUUUAUGCUGCAUGCGUCCAAAUAACAGUGAUGACAUCUCACCGAACUUGUAGUAGCACGCAAUUUCUUAAAUCUAUAUAAGACAUAUGACAGUCUAGUCAAUCAGGUGUAUCUAUACUUUUGUAAUCUUCAUAAAUAUUAUGGGACCCUUUUUAAAAUAUAGUUUUUGUCUGUUUCGCAUUUGGCAGUCACUAAUUAUUAUUGGAACUCUGGCAUCUAGAUGACAUUUUUCGAAUCCUGAUUGAUUAUACACUUUUAUAUUAAUAUAUUUUGUUAUAUUAAAUUUUUUGAAAAUAAAGUAUACAUAUUGCAGGGAUUAUAUAAAUAUAUUCUCUAUGGUACAAUGUAAUCUGUCUGUGAAAUACAAAUGAAACACAAUUACUACUCUUUAAAGAAAGUCUUGAAAAACAUUAUAAUAUAUCUUUAUUUCUACUACUAUCUCAUCUGGUUUGUUUCGAUGUAUCUCACUAUACAAAAGGUAAUUUAUAUUUCUUUUUACACAUUCUACAUAGGAACUUUCAUUUAAUAUAACAAAACAAUAUUUUAAUAUCAAUAUUACUCUAUAUAGGAACAAUUCCUCAGGCCAAAAGCGUAAGGUAAUAUAUGGGUUUUUUUUUAGUCCAUUCUAUAAGAUUCCAUAGUUCUUUAAAAAAGUCGUUAGAAGUCUUGGCGUGAUGAAACAUCCUGAAUAAAUCGACGAACAAUCAUCGACAGUAUUUCGUCCUGCGACAACUGCGUUUUGUAUGAUCGUACCAUUUGUCAUCGAAUUGAACCACCAAUGGCUAAAUAAAUUGAAAUAAUGUAAAUAAGAACAAA